GUAAACAAGCGUAAAAAACACCUUGUCUUAUUCCUCGGAAAUGUUCAAUGUCCUGUAUUGUUCAAUUAACAUCGCUAAAACAGGAAUUUUCGAGAAACUGAUAUUCGUUACAACGUUCGAACGAAUUUUUUCUUGUGAUUUCAGGGCAAGUUAAAGUUUAUUUGAUGCCAGAGCGACGUUUUAUUCACGUGUAGCAUUAGUACCAUAGUUGAUUGAUCUCAUUGACUUAGUGACAUGAAUAUAGAUAUGUGACGUAAAAAAAUCUGUGUGAGAAGACAGAAAAUGACAACUCGGUAUUACCUUGAUUUAUAACCAUCGUGCGACAUUACCAAGACAUGGUCAGCGUAAAAAAAUGAAAAUAAAUCUGCGUAUUUGCGUUUCUACAGACGCGGUGUAGGGCUGGGGUUAAAUGCUGUACGAACAAGGAUUUUAUUUAUUUUUACACACCAAGCACCUUCCUGGUUUCAUUUAUUGUCAUAGUUUGUGCUUUUAUUGGGAAGUUAAUACUUACAAGUGCUACCAAAUCGAACUUUUCUGCCCUAGCAGAAGGAAAUGUUAUAAAUAGGACAUCAUACCCUGGAGCUGGAAGUAACCCAUGGCUGUAUUAGCGAUAUUCGGAGUGUUCGUUUCUUUCUGUGUUCUAUUUCAUAGUUGUAACGGUCAUGUUGACUGUCCGCAGAUUUGCAACACAAAUAUCUUUGCGUCCAUUUUGGAACUCCAGAAUCACACCUUCUGUGACUGGAGAAUUACACCCCUCAAUACAACAGUGUCCGUCAGCAUUAACAAGGAAGCAUGUGACCAAGGCGUCUAUUUGUCAAAUGACAAAAAGUUUGAAAACAUCGUCUGGAAUUCAACGAACUGCUCAAAAACUGACAAUACAACUGUUCUGACGGGAGAAACAAUCUACAUAAGAACAAAUACGACAUCGCCGCCCAAUUCAAUACUUGUCUCAAACUACGAAUGUGGUACAAGCUCUACAAACCUAACCGGAAGCUUCGUCGUUGGCUUACCGGAAGUUCAGGUUCUCUUAACACCACUCACAUGCAAAUAUACUAUAUCGUUACCAAAGUAUUACACAGUCGACCUAAGGAUAGACACUCUAUUGCUUCAGGAAGAGGACGUGUUAAUGUUACGGGACAUGCAUUCGGAAAUUCAGAAGAUGGUUGGAACAGCCAGGAAUAGGUCAUUGCGGGUGAUGAAUUCUUCAUACGCAGAGAUACUUUUCAAGCCUUGUGUUGGAUGUGGGCGUACGUCCCCUAGUAAAAUCAAAAUUUCUUGGUCAUACUGUGGGGGAGUGUUCGAAGAAAAUGACAACAUUACAGCAUCCAUCGGAGGAAGCGACACGGAAAUUAAUGUCAAUUGUUUAUUUUUACUGAAAUCCAGUGUCACCGAUUCGUUGGCAUUCCGUCUUGAAAACUACUCACAAUUUACAACAACAUGUCGGAAUGACUUUUUGCAGAUAUACGAUGGAGCACACGCGGAUGCCAAUCUCCUGAAUCAGUACUGUAAUACCUCCUCUAACGACCUGGUCUAUUCUUCAACCAAUCAGCUAGUGUUUAGACUCGCAUCAAAGUCUUUAAAACAACCAAUCAAUUUAUCAGGAAAAAUUCUACAAAGAAGAGAUUGCGGAAAGAAAGAUUACUUCCAUCAAGGGGAAAUAGUUAGUCCUAUUGACCCCCUUUCUGUGUCCUGUCGGUAUACAGUUACCACUCAAGAACAGAGUAGAAUAUGGCUUGUGUUUACAAAUGUUACGUUACCUUCAAGAACUAACGGACAUUGUUCUGACUAUCUUCAGGUAACCGAUACCAUUAGUGGAAAGGCACAUCGGUACUGUGGUGCCAACAUUCCAACACAACAGCUGAUGUCCGGAAACAAAGUUCUCAUUUCGUUUUACACCAAUGGAAACUCGGAUCACAUGAAUUCUAGAUUUCGAAUUCAGUUUACAGAAUGUGGGGGUCUGCUUUCGGGGUUCUCGGGGACAAUCGCUAGUUUGUGGGACACUCCAGAUUUAAUUUCUGAGGAGAGAUGUGCCUGGGAAAUCAAUACUCCUGGUGGAAAAACCCUGUAUCUUAGAACGAAUGAAAACUUUGCCCAUCCUUGCAACGAUUCUAUAAAGUUGAAAGAUACAACAGGAAAUGAUACAGAAAAACUUUGUAGUAACACGUCAGACGUUGUACGGUUGUCUGGGAGAUACUUUUUAGAGACCACUUCCAUUUUUCCAGCGUUGUCAUGGAUAGCGUGUGGUGCGGUCGAGAGCCACAAGAGAGGACAUUACUCUGUUGACCUUGAUAUCUACCGGGAUAUUAAUGAAAGUUGUCCACUGAUACUGGACGAUAGCAGUAUUGAAAGCUUUAUCAUAACAAUAGAGAUAAUGGAUACAAACUGUUCCGUCGACAUCCAGAUAAACAAUUUAAUGUAUAACUUAGAAGAGGGGAGCAUAUCGAAUUUGCAGUUUCAAACUCCUGUGUCGAUUGAAUUUCCCAAAUCGGCGUCUUGCAUCAGCAGCAGAGAAAAUAAUGCUAAAAUUUUCUGGGAAGCCUGUAACCAGACUUUCACCAAUCACAGCGGUACGUUUGCAUCCCCUGGCUACCCGGAUGAAUACUACAAAAACAUCUCGUGUGAUUACACUAUUGCAGCACCGCAUGGCCAUCAGAUAUUUCUUUCUUUUCUGGACUUUGAUGUUGGCAAAUCAAAUAAUGAAAAGAAAUGUGGUGGAGAUAGGGUUGAGAUUUUCGCUGAAGCUGACGUAGACAUCCAUUGUGGGAGAAAAGACAAUGACGAGUUGUUUCAAAUUCUGAGCGCUGGACAGGUGCUGAUCGUUCGAUUCGUGUCCACCGGAAAUCAGGAGCGGAAGUUUAAAGGAUUCCGAGUUUCUUAUGACGUUUUAAAAACCGUGCCACAUCUACCACCCACUGUGGAUCGCUCUAAGUCCGAUUUUCAUGAACUGAAGCAGGGUCUUCUGUCAUAUAGAACAACCCUUGCAACCACGGUGGCUAUGGGGAUCUGCAUUGGAGUGUUAAUCUUUAUUGUUAUAGCCCUCUCUGGAUUUCUUGUCCGGCAACGGAAACGCAAAGGUUAUCACAACCCAGUCCUCCCUCAAGCAUCUAACGCAUCGACUACUAACAUGAAUGGAAACGUAAGAAAGCAAGCCUAUAUAAAAAAGAAAGACUCUAAUAGUUUAUCAACACCUACUCUUAAGACAAGUCGGAUUUCGUCUGUCGCCAACGGACAGGAGAAACCAGACACGGAUAAAGCAGCCGACAAAACAGAGGACGGAGUGUAUAAUCAUCUACACGAACAAGCAACUAAACAAAAUCCUAAAUCGAAAAACGAUAAUUAUUCGGAUGUCAGUUUUGAAAAUAAAGAGUAUAGUAAAUGUGGGUAUAUUGAGAGAAACAGCGUCAUUAUAGGUGAUAACGAGUACGGCACUUCGAACACCCUUCCAAAGAAACCCCCUGGUGAGGUUGAUGGGGUUACAUCUAUGUAUGAGUUCACCAAAAUUUCAGACAUGUCUCCAGAUGUGAUCAGGACCGAAAAUGAAAACGAACGGGGUAUAAUUAGUGAUACUCGGAAACGUUCUACAGAAAAAGACAUCAUGGGUGAUGAACAAGACUCUAAAGCGCAAGUAGCGGAAAAAUCGCAGAGUUCGAGCCAAAGUACCGAAAACAGAAAGACAAAGAAAGAAAAGUGUUCUAAUGAGAAAACGGACAGCGAAGAUGUUGGAAGUUUAAAUAAAAGUAGUGAAAACAAAAAGACGAAGAAAAGAAAAGUUUCUAACGAGAAAACAGUCCCGGACAGUGUUUAUAGUAAUCUUGAUAGAAACAGUAAUGAGUAUGGAAAUUGGAAAGAAAUAAGUGAACACCUCAAACCGAAGGACUCCAAUUCUCAGGGAGAGGACAAAUUGUAUUCCAAUACUGAAACAAUUUACAGCAAUAAUCCGACGGAGGAGAUUUAUUCCAACACCAGCAGUAAUCUGUAAAUUACUGGACCUGCAUGUACAUGUAUUUUUCACUGCAUAGUGAUUACAAUUGUUUAAUAUACCAUGUACCAUUAACCAUGUAUUAUUGUGUUGCAAAGGACAGUCUGUUUCUCAAUUGACGUUUGUUAAGAACUACGUUCCUUUCAUUGAUAUAUUUGCAUGUUAUACAUGAAGUUAAAUCAUCAAUGUCAAGGAAUCUCAUAUAUCUAUAUUUGUAAUCAGAAUUUUGUUGUACAGUUAUAAGAUAUUUAGUAUAUAUUAAAGUAUACGAUGCAAAGUGUACAUGAACGAGAUAGUUAAAACUCUAUGUUGCUGUUUUUCUUUCGUCUCAUUGUUUUUUUUUAUAAUAAAGUAGAAAAAACA